UACAAGCAACUCAACUCCUCCCGCCUCUCCCUCUCUCUCGACACCUGGUUUACCAGCCCAGAUACCAACUUCAAUUCGUCUAUAUACACGUACACAAAAUUCCGGCCUACCUUCUCAUCUGAUCGAGUUAGUCGAUCGCCAUGAUAUAUUAUAUAAAUGCUACAAAUUAAAGCCUCACCAUAUGAUAUCAUAUCUUAUAUCUAUGCUUAAUUAUGCUGGUAGCUAACUAGCUAAGCUAGGUAGUGUAUAUACGUAAUAUGGUGCGUCCGCAUAUAUUGAAAAUGAGGGAGACUAGUGAGGGCGCUAGGCUUUACAGACACUUUACAGACACGAACUGGAGACCAUUACCGGCGAUUAAGACUCUGGGGCGCUCUUCACUUGCCGUCUUCUUCUUUAUGGUUCUCUGCGUCGGCGCGUUCGUUUCCACGCGUUUGCUAGACUCCACUGUCACCGCACAGCAUCCAACAAGAUUAUCUCAUCAGAAAAUAAUUGAAAAUGAAAUCCCUCCACUGAAUUGUUCACUUAGAACUCCCAUGGCAAGCUGCCCUGCUAAUUACUACCCAUCAUCAAAGCUGACUAGGACGAGGACGAGGAUUCAAGAUUCCCCAUCCCCAACACCAACACAAUCAUCAUCAAAAUGUCCAGAUUACUUCCGUUGGAUCUAUGAUGACUUGUGGGCGUGGAGGGAGAGUGGUAUUAGCAGAGAGAUGGUGAUGAGUGCGAGGAGGACAGCCAACUUUCGGCUGGUGAUAGUGAAUGGGAUUGCGUACUAUCACAAUUACAGAAAGUCAUUUCAAAGUAGAGACACUUUUACUCUGUGGGGUAUUUUACAAUUGUUGCGGAGGUAUCCCGGUAAAGUGCCGGAUUUGGAUCUAAUGUUCGAUACUGUUGAUUGGCCAGUCAUCAAAAAACAAAGUUAUGUUCCAGAUCCUCGUCCAAAUGACACCACUACAGCCCCCCCACCUUUGUUCCGCUACUGCGGGGAUGAAGCUACUUGGGAUAUUGUCUUUCCUGAUUGGUCAUUCUGGGGAUGGCCUGAAAUCAAUAUUAAGCCAUGGGAGGGAUUAUCAAAGGAGCUGAAAGAAGGGAAUGUGAAGAUUAAAUGGGUGGACAGGGAGCCAUAUGCAUACUGGAAGGGAAAUCCUGCAGUUGCUGCAACCAGAAAGGAUCUGCUCAAAUGUAAUGUCUCAGAAAAGCAGGAUUGGGGUGCUCGUGUGUAUGCACAGGAUUGGAUUCAGGAACAGAAGCAAGGUUACCAGCAGUCUAACUUAGCCGACCAGUGCAUUCACCGAUACAAGAUUUAUAUUGAAGGAUCUGCAUGGUCUGUGAGUGAGAAAUACAUCUUAGCAUGUGAUUCUCUGACUUUACUAGUGAAGCCCCAUUACUACGAUUUCUACACCAGAGGUUUGAUGCCAAUGAAGCACUAUUGGCCUAUAAGGGAUGAUGACAAAUGCAAAUCUAUUAAGCAUGCUGUUGACUGGGGCAAUAAUCAUCAUCAACAGGCAAAAGAGAUUGGCAUGGCAGGAAGCAAGUAUAUUCAGGAGGAAUUGAAAAUGGAAUAUGUGUACGACUACAUGUUCCAUCUUUUGAGCGAGUAUGCCAAGCUCUUGAAAUACAAAUCAACCGUACCUCCAGAGGCAGUUGAGCUUUGUUCGGAGAAGAUGGUUUGUGGCGCAAACGGACUGGAGAAGCAAUUUAUGAUGGAAUCUCUGGUCAAAGCUGCUCCAUCCACCACUGCGCCCUGCACAAUGCCGCCUCCCUUUGAUCCUGCAACUCUUAACGCUAUUGUGGAUACCAGAGAAAGUUCAAUCAAGCAAGUAGAUUCCUGGGAAAAACAAUAUUGGCACCAUCAAAACAACCUCAAUAUCUAAUCCCACAUACCAUACCAUACAUACAACAGUCAUGCUACCCACUUCUUAAUCAUACAUAUUUUACA